GGAGAGUGGUUAUGGAAGAUGUGGAUUCCUGGGUCCCCCCUGCAAGUGGUUCUGUGACAAUCAGGCCCAGAAAUCCGUUUCAGAAGCUCAGUUGCCUGGGUGACUCUGAUGCAUAUAGACAGAGGUUCCGAAGGAGGAAGGCAAGAACUUUGUCUGGUUGGCUCCUUGUUGUCCUCCCAGCACCAAGCACGUACAGUGUGUGUUACACCAUCUGUCAGUGUUGAAAAUGAGCCCAUGAGCACAAGUCAGAAAAAGGAAAAUGCACUCUCAUCAGACACAGUAAAGACUCCCCAAAGUGAGGACAAAAGGAAUCAUGCCGAGAAGCCAAUCACUCUUCCAAGGCAGGAAGAUCUCAAAAAGCCAAAUGACCUUCCUAAUUCCACUUCAGAUACCAAAAUAGGAGAAAGUGAUAAACAACCAAAAGAAAGCUUUUUUCAAUUUCUUGGCAACUUGUUCAACAUCUCAGGAAAAUCAUCUCUUGGUGAGGCCAAGCAGUCUUCUUUCAAAGAUGAUCAUGAUAAAACUGAGAAAGAUUUACAGAACCUCAGCGACCACCAUGAAGAAGGAAUCAGGGAGAAAGAGAUUUCCAGUGGCUCCCUCGGAGCCCAGCCACUGUCAGUAGAAGCGCAGGAGUCCAACUCCACUGACCUCUCUGAUGCCUUCUCUUCAGAUACCACACAGGACAGUGAACAGGAAACCAGUGACAUGCUAAAAGAAACUGAUGGUCAACCAGAGAAGCCUUCAGUAACAUAUGCAACAUAUCGUGGCGCUAGACAAAUUAGGAAAUAUUUACAGCAGCAGACCAUGUUGGAAACUGUGCAUCCCUUGGAUGAAGAAAAUGAAAGUUCUGACUCUAGUUCACACACACACAGUGGCCCUGGAAGUGAGAUUGAAGCUGGGAUAGUGCCACUGUCACCAUCAGCUAGCACAGAGACAUCAAGGAGAAUAUAUUUGCUUGGAGGCCCUUUAGAAGACUCUGAUUAUAACAAAACAAAUCUGAACACAGAAAGCCAUCUGAUAAACAACCCAGAACUGCGGGAUAGUGUUACUUCUAAGGAUGUUUUAAAUCAAAAUGGUCUUGGGGGACCUGAGAGAUGCAGGUCAUCUCCUUCUGCUGUGACUAACUCCAGCUACACUGUUGGAGAAUCUGACUCACAGCACCACUUCCACUGUGUACCAGUUCCUCAGAUUGACACACAUUUGGUAUGUUCAGCAUUGCUUACAAAAAAUAAUGGCAACGCCCCUAGCAGUCCAGAUUUCCAGGGGAUAACUCCAGCAGAAGAUACAGUAAAGGAAAAGAGCUCUGUGAUGUGUGAUGGGAUAUUGGUUCAAAGAGAAGAGGAUCCUGAACCUCAGUGCUCUGCUGUUUCUGAAUUCUAUUGUUGUAAACCUGUUGGGAGUGACACUACUGAACAGGAAGGUACAAAUGGUCCAAGUCCAAACAAAUCCAUUAGACAUGAAGAUCUGCAGUUGCCAGAGAGUAAGUGUUUUGACAGGCAAAAGUAUGAUGAUAACUCAUCCGAGGCUGCCAAUCACACCAGCACCAUUGCUCCUCAGAGACAUGCUAUGACAGACACUGAACUUGUAAGUGAAGAAACGAGGUUGUCUGCCCAAGACUUGCCAAGACAUUUAGCUGUUACGGAAAUCAGGCAAGAAACAGAAAUUGUCUCACCUGGUGAACCCACAACGUCAAGUUACAUAAAAAAUUCAGUAGAUAGGAUUGAAUUAUUACCCAAAGAUACUGACCAGUUGUUUGAAACAGAAGUCAGAAAGCUUGAUUUGAAGCCAUAUGACAAAACGCACACCAUUAGAGUAAAUCAAAAGGACUCUGACUCUGAACAACAUGUCAGUGAACUGGCAGUUACAGCAUGUUCGGGAACUAAAAUAGCACCUGAAUUGAAUUUUGAACUUAGCAGAAACCACAUUCCAGAAUGUCCCCUUCAAUCUGAGAGUCUUCAACAAGCCAAAGGAUCACAUGAUGAUGCUAAAACACCUUUUAACCUUGAGUGUGAGAAAGCAGAUUUAAAUACUUUACCUCCUACCUUUGUUUCUGGAGUCGGAAUGCCAAGGAAGUUGGAUAAUCCUGUAUUAAAUAAGGAGGGUUCUUCUGUGCUCAUUAAAACUGAGGAUGUCAAUACCGUUGAUAUUUCUUUUCAAACCAUUAAGUGUCAUGAAGAAAAUGGAACAAAUCAUGCUGAGGCUGCGGACACGAAGAGCUCUCCUUCCUGUCACCUUGAGCAUGCAUCUGCAGUUUUUGAAUCCAAGGAAGUUCUAGCUGAGAGUGGAAACUGCCAAGUUCCUCUAGGUCCUGAAGCUAGUGACACUUUAACUGGAAUGGACCCGCUGAGCUUUGAGUCUGAAAGGCUCUCUCAGGACCCCAGUGAAGCACAGAUACUGCCUUCAAACACUGAAGCAAAUAAGAGCCCAAUAGAGAUGAGGAAUGAUUCUCUUGCCUUGGAAACUCAGACUGAUUGUAUUGGUGAAACUUUAUCAAAAGCCAAAGCUGAUGGUCGGAACAAUGUUCCUGUUAAGUCACAUUUGGGAAGAGGAAAAACUGUAGCUUCAUCCAAGAUUUGUUCUGUUUCCCAAACAGAGCCUAGUGACAUUUCUCAGGAUAAAAUUUCUUCUUCUGAAUUAGUAAUUACAGAUAUUCCAGCAAAGUCUCUUUUGUCAGAAUUAACUUCUCCAGAGGUUGAACAAGACAAGAGUUUUCAAUUAAGGGGUCAUAAAGAGAUUAAAGAGAAAUGUUCAGCUGCUUGGCUGAAAAAGAAGGGCCAAGCUGAAGUUUCUCUUCCUGCCUCCAAACAUCAAGAUUUACAAGAAACAGAGGGAAAUGCCUUAGGUUAUCCUCUUGUUCUUCUUAAAAGUAACAUCUCUGAGAUUUUGCCUUCUGCUCACGAGAAAGUCACUAGGCAAAUGGCACAGAGUUGUGAAGCCAAUGCUUGUAAGAUUCAUCAAUCUUUGGAUAUUUGUGGCACUAAAAAACCUGCUGGUCCCUCAGAAGGGGUAGAAUUCAGCCUAACUAAGAUUUCUCCAAAAUUCCAAGAAACCGAUAACACAAAAGUCAACUCCCCUUUUUCAGGUUCUGAUACCAGUCUGGAAAAAAAUACAUUUGCAUCUGAGGACACAAACUUUCUUGGUGUUUCUUCUGUGCUGAGAUCAGAGAAGAAAGCCUUAUCUCCUAGAAAGAAGGAGAGCACUCAUUUUCUAACUGGUGGUAUUGAUAAUGUGUCUUCUUCCUCUGGUCACUCUGAAGACGUUAGCAUGGUUUUAAGUUCAUGUAAUGAGCCCUAUAAUUUUGAUUCUGUAAAAGUUACCAUAGAUCUCACACGUGACGGUGCCUCCUUAGCUGACCUGCUGUAUUCUAAUAGCUCUGAUUUGGAAUUUGAAACACCUGUCUCAGUCAGGGCAGAAGUGACCCCAUUUCAGGAACAUCUGGGGAUCCAUACUGGGAAAGUACCCCCUGAUUUCCUGACCUCUGCUCAAUUUGACAGUCCCAUGGAAGCAGAGGCUAGAGCAGUUGCUGAGGCUCUAGCGUCAGUUAACAGCUCACACCAGCAGAGUUCUGAAGCAUCUGCUGAGCACGUAGAAGCCAGGAAUAGAGUACAUGACCAACCUUUGGACCUCAAAAGUGGUUUACUCAAAAAGGCUGAUACAUUGAUUGCUGAGAUUUUCAAUUCUGUCAAGGAAGAGCUGACGUCUAAACACAGAGUGGGUGCCCGCCAGGAGCAUAUAACUGUAGAUGGUAUAAUGAAUCCAGGUACCCUGAAAGAAGACGUCCCUAAGAAAACACCAUCAAAAGUGACACUAACAAAGGUCCAGCUCACAGAGUGUCUGGAACAGCAGGGCGUGGGAGGCAUGUCAGAAGUCAAAGAGGAGGAGAAGGCCUGUGUUUUACCUACAGUUGGUGAGGAGCGUCUCCUUCUUGGUUCUGAUAGAAUAAAUGUGUCUUGUUUAUUGGAAGAUCAAGCUAGGGAAUUAGUCAAUGAAGUUAUUUAUUCAGCCCAAGAAAAUCUGACAAAUGAUGCUUUAGAAGAUACUGAGGUUACCUGCAAUUUUGAACCUCAGACUGAUACUUCAGAAAUUCUGAAAAGCGAUAGUGUUAAACCACAUGAUAGAGUUAGGGAGUUCUUGGUAUCAGAACAGGCAGUAAGUCAGAGCACAUGUGGAAUUAGUGAAAAUGAAGUACUAAGUAGAUUCUUCUCUGUAAGCGACUUAGUUAAUGGGACAGAGUCAAUUAAGGGAAGAGAAAUAGUUCUCUACCAGAAACCCCCAUUUUCUGGAAAUGGAGUUGGGCAGUCUGAUGGCAUAAAUUUACAGGAAUCAGAUACUGUUUUACUAGCUGAAGAUAUGCCUCAAAGACAAUUAGAUGAUAGGGUAAAAACAUGUGUAUUUCUAAAUAAGGACUGUAAAGAAACAACAGAGAUAGUGUGUAUGGAUAAUCACAAAACUGGGACAGAGGAUACAAGAACUUUAGUAUUAAAUUUCAAAUGGCCUCCCUCUGUGAAUGAGGACAUCCAUGUAGCUGGUACAUCCAAAAGCAGUUUGUCUGAUAGUCUUGUGUGUGUAUCUGAAAAAGGCUUGCCAGGACAUAGCAAAAGCACAUCUCUUGCAAUGUCAGAAAUAGGGAAAGUACACAAAAAGGAUAAUGAAGUAAAUAUAGGAAAAAUUGAAGUUAUACCUUCCAUGCUAGAAAUGGGAAAACCAAACAAGGAUGCUGAAUUCAAUAUUAUGAAAUGUGAGGGAAUUCCUAAUCCGUUAGAGGUGGGAAGAGCACAUAAAAAGGAUAUUGAAUUGAAUUUCACAGAAACUGAGUCAAGAGCUGAUGUUUUUGAAACAGAAGUACACCAGAUGGAUGCUGAGAGGUACACUGAAACAGCUGAGGGAUUACCUGUCAUUUUAGAAAUGGAGAAAGCUAAUAAGGGGAGGGACACUGAAGUGGAUAUUGGCAAAACUGAAGUGAUGCCUGAGUCAGAAGUGAAAAAUCCCUACCAGAAGGAUGCUGAAGGAGAUAUUGCAAAGACUGAGGUGACACCUGUUACAAUAGAAGUAAAAACUAUUUACCAAAAGCAUGCUGAAGGGGACGUUGGUAAGACUGGGGUACCAUCUGUUAUGCCAGAAGUAGAAAAUAUUUACCAAAAAGAUGGUGAAGGGUUUGCUGAAAAGGCUGAAGUGAUACCUAUUACAUUACAAAUGGAAGAUUUUUACCAAAAGGAUGAUGAGGAGGAUGUUACAAAGACAGAAGUGGUAACUAUUAGGUCAGAAACGAAAAAUAUUUACACAAAUGAUGUGGGAAAAGAUGGUGGUAAAACUGAGUUGUUGCCCCUUAUGAUGGGAGUACUAAAUAUUUACCCAGAUCCUGAGGGGAGUACUGGAGAGAUGGAGGGAUGUAUGUUGGGAAUGGAAACUACUUACCAAGAAGAUGCUGAAGAGGUGGUUAGGAAUCCAGAAAUUGUACCUCCUGUGUUAGAAGUUGAGGACGCACAUGAGGCAACAUCUACCUCCUUAGAAAUGGAGGAAUUCUGCAAGAGGGAAGUGGGAGAGACUUUGGGAUUGGCUGUGUCCAUGCCCUCUGUGAUAGAAAUGACAAGAAUAUCCCCAGAAGAUUCUGGUGGAGAUACUGGUAAAUGUGAAAUACCAUUCAUGGAGGCAGAUAUUGAGAAAACAUAUGGAACAGAACUAGAAUCGACCAUUAUACAAGUGGAGGACAUGCCUCCUGUAUUUAAUACCGAAAAAGCACCCCAAGACUAUGCUGAAGGGAAUGCUGUAGAGAGGAAGGAAGAGCCCACUGAAACAAGGGAAGGCUUGAUAGCACAUGACCAUAGACUCGCCUCACAUUUCAAGGGCUAUCAGUCACCUACAUUAAGUAAGGACUAUGAGGGCUACCCAGCUUUAGCAAUGCCAUAUUUUCAAGCUGAGGAUACCAUAGUAAGUCUAGACAAGAGGAUAUCUGUUACUGCAGUAUAUGACAAAAGGAGAGAUCUAGGUUACAGCAAUGAAAAAGAAGAAUCGAAUUUAGCCUUCAUUUCUCAGGAUGAACAAGAAAAUUCUUCCUUUACCAUAUUAUAUGAAGAGCCCCUUCAGGAUGAGGAUAAGUAUGCUUCUGCAGAAGUCAGAAGAACACGGUCUGUCUUGUUUCCUGUUGCAUCCCCUGACGGUGUGCCUGUGCUGGCAUGUGAAAGGUCUGAGAGUAGAACUGACCUUGUCCAUCAUUUUGAAAAAGACAUGAAAUUAGGUGAGACGUUUGAUAGUGAUAGUUCAGAGAUGUUUUUAUCAGUGGAGGCCAAAAGAUACAAAAUUUAUCCUUUAGCAUUGUCUCCCAUUUACGAGGAUGACAGCUCCCAGGAAGACAUUUUAUCCAAUGAUGUCUCACCUGGUCACCAGGGCUCCAUGAAAUCAAGAGAGAAUGCAGAUCAGUCCUCUUCUGUUUUGUCACUUCUUCAGUCGGUAUCAGAGCGUUUAAAGAUGAAUUUUGAUGAAGAUGACAGACAGGCAGCAGAGGAGGAGGAGGAAGAGGAGGAAGCAUUGCAUAAAAGAGAUCUAAGAUCCCAAAGAAGGGAGCAUGUUACCUUCCAGUUGCCAGAUCCUUCCAUCGCAUUUUACCCUGAGGUUGACCAGGAAAGCACUGGAAUUUCUAAGAACUCCAAUGUAAUGUCAAACGAACCUACUACCUCCAAUCUACAAAUUGGUCUGUGGCCAGAAAAGGCCUCCUUGCUGCAAAAAUCCGACCUUACAUCUAAACUACAUUCUUCUCUAAAGAGUGCUUAUCAUCAGUAUUUGCAGACUUCUAAAACUCAUUCUUUAGAAAAAGGAGCCAGAUUCGGUGGGAUUUUUCAGGAGCCAGUGUCAAAGUAUUUCCGUGUUCAAGACCACUCAGACAGAUUGAACCCAUAUAUCGAGAAUGUUGACAAACAAACUCUGAGAUGUAACCCAAGACCUGGGAAGGUUGUUAUCUAUGAUCUCCAUGGAACUAAAUAUAAACAAGAGAUCUACUGUAAUAUUCCUGAUGCUACAUCAUGGUCUUUUCCACAUGGAGUACUGAUAAAAGUUGUAAGAGGCUGCUGGAUUUUGUAUGAGAAGCCACAUUUCCAAGGCCAGAAAUGUGUGUUGGAAGAAGGGGAAAAGGUGUUAAAUCAUGACUGGGUUCUACAAAACAGAAAACAUCCGCACAGAAACUUCGUGUUGGGUUCUAUCAAACGUGUCUUAAAGGAUUGCAGCAUUCCAGAGAUUGAACUUUGUCCACAGUCUGACCCAGCAUGUUGUCCUGUCUACAUACAGCGAGCAGUCCCCAAUUUGGAAGAGCUGAACAUCCCCAAAUCUGUGUCCUUUACUGUAAAGUCAGGAGUUUGGCUUGCAUACCCAGAUAUUAAUUUUAAGGGUCAAGCUACAGUUUUAGAGGAGGACCAUGGGCUGUUUGAGAUUUCUGCAACAGAAAUGAAAUCAUUACAUCCACUUCAAAUGGGUGGACUGAAAGUGGAAAUGCCUAUGAACUUAAAGGUUAUUAUCUAUGAAAAACCUCACUUCCAUGGACAGGCCAAAGAGUUUAGUGAACAUAUAGAUUCUGUCCCUAAUUUUUUAAGAAACAAUGAAGACUUUCAUGGAAUUGGAUCAAUUCGUGUCAUUGGUGGAGUGUGGGUUGCCUAUGAAAAAGAACAUUUUAAAGGCCAGCAAUUCUUGCUUGAAGAAGGAGACUUUGAAGACAGUAAUGCUUGUGGGGCAUUAAGUGGCCCAAUCUUAUCUUUCCGGUACCUACAAGCUAAUUUUAUAGAAUCUUCUAUCACACUAUUCGAUUCUGAUUUAGAAAGUGGAAAAUUUAUUGACAUUACAAAUCAGGAAAUUUCUGACUUGGAAGAAAUUGGCUUUGGCAGUGAAACAAGAUCCAUUCACGUUAAAAGUGGAGUAUGGGUUGCCUACCAGCAGAAAUUCUUCUGUGGAGAACAAUACAUUUUAGAGAAAGGAAAAUACAAAUGCUUUUUUGACUGGGGUGGAUCAGAUAAUAUAAUCAUGUCAAUACGCCCUAUACAACUGGAACCACUUGGAAUAAAUGAGCCUCCAUAUUUGCUCAAAGCGUUCAGCAAACCAGGGUUCCAGGGUGAAUGUAUUGAUAUUACCAAAAGUAUUGCAGAUUUGACUUCAUUCACACCAUGUUCUUUUAAAGUUCUUCGGGGCUGCUGGCUUCUAUAUUACCAGGAGGAUAUGUUUGAUAACCAGUGUGUGUUAGAAGAAGGCCUCUAUGCUGACCUUAUUUCCUGUGGCUGCCCAACAUCUAGAGUUAAAUCCCUCAAGCCCAUUGACUAUGUGUUUGAAGAACCCUCCAUCAGUCUUUUUGCCCUAGAACAUUGUGAGGGAAGAGAGUUACAUCUAGAAGAGGCUGUGAACUCUGUUCUGAACAAGGACCUGCACUUCUACACGCAGUCUGUGUGGGUAAAAAGUGGACUAUGGAUAGCCUAUGAAGGAUCCAAUUUCUUGGGAAGACAAAUCUUACUUGAGCCUAAUGAAAUCCCAAAUUGGACAGCAUUCAGUAGAUGGAAAACAAUUGGUUCCCUUCGUCCUAUGAAACAGCCUGCAGUGUACAUCAGAAUAAGGAACCGAGCCCAGGACGGGUAUCUGACAGUCACUGGGAAUCUAGCUGACACGAGGGCUACGUCUGUGUGCAUUUCUCCCUACAGUGGAAAGAACACUCAGAUCUGGUACUACUGUCGAGGACUCUUUAAAUCCAAGGCAAGUGAUACAUGUCUUGAUGUGAUUGGUGGCCGGGACACACCUGGAGCUAAGGUGGCUUUAUGGACUGAGCACGGGCAGUUCAGGCAGAAGUGGAGGGUGAAUAAAAAUGGAACCAUCAGCUCAUAUCUCAGCGAUCAACUCGUUCUUGAUGUUAAAGGAGGAAAUUAUUGUGACAAGACACAUGUCAUUGUAAAUCAGCCUUUGGAGGGAGAAGACACACAGCAAUGGGACAUUGAAAUAUUGUGAGAGAAUCAACAGUAUUCCUAGAAAGUGCCGAGGAAGAAGGAAACCGCCAUCUCUCAUUGACUCGCGCACAUGCAAAGGAAGCUACUGUCUGCACACUCCCGGGUCACUGAGCAGAGGGGCUUUCCCCCAGCCCUUACCACGGAAAAGAGCACAGUACCUUGCCAGUUUAGUCAGUGUUCCUGUGAAGAACGUGUGUUGAUCUGGGGUGAAGGCUCUAUUCCUAAUUGAUCUCCAGUUGUGGUGAGCAAGUUUCCUGAACAAUUCUGUUUUCUCUCCUUUCCACCAAACGUGAAUCCUGCUCCCGACUGCCAGUCAUAGAACGUGGUGGGGGGGAGGGGUGCUGUCACCCUGUUACUAGUUAUUAAUACUCUGCCAAAUGCUGGUGUGAGAGCAAGGCACAGGGGAACAAACACCUGUAGUCAUCAUACUUUGGCAAAAAGAUCAUUUUUAGCUGCAUCUGAAAAUGUAUUUAAUAAACCUUCCUGUUGAGCUGCUGUGUUAGAUAAACCUUAAAGUUUGUAUUCUGAGGCCUUCAUACUGAAGUACCCCGUAAGUGUUUAUCCUUAUAAAUGAUCCCAGAAAGGGACCUCAGCUUUGUUAGAAAAAAGGCACACAGUGGAUGGAGCACUUCUGUGGCCAUUCUUUCCUCUGUCCUUGAAACCAAAAACAAAAGACGAAUGACCUCUGGCCAGCCUUGCCCUCUGUUGAACGAAGACAUCCCUCUGGACCACAAAACUAAUGGUGGUUACCUAUCCUGGUGCUAUGACCUCACCCUAGACUUUGCCUGAUCUGCUCUUAAGGAGAUGUGUCUAAAAAGGCUACGUUGCUUAAAUGUAAGAAUAGUCCAAUUCUUUGAAGCAAUUUCAAAUGUCCAAAUUAAAGCAGUAUUUGAGCCUUGACCUUACCAUCUUACUAUUCAAGUUUAAGGUGGAAUUGAUUUCUCUACCAAAUAACAAAACUCAGUUUCACUCCCAUUUCAAAUAGCUUUCAUCCUUGCAAAAUCAGGUGAGAACUCCUCUUUGACUUAGUUU